UUAUAUUUCUACGUGCACUUGUUGUUGUUGUUUAUCACGACGUAUUUCUCCUCCGAUAUCUUUACCCAGAAGAGUGCAAGCCGAAUUUCUGUUUGCGUCACCUGCUGUUGAAUUUCUGCACAAAAAAUUUUUUUAAGAACCAAAAAACUUGUAGCUUUUUGCUCAAUCCUCUCAAGCUAUGAAUUCAGCAAUGAGUUGAUCAUGUCUCUUGAUGUUAGUACCAGAAACUUUUUGAAAGGGUG